UUCAAUGCCUUCAAGAAAAACAAAGUAUCAAUACACAGCGUUUCGAGUAUAACUCAACAACAUUGCAUUCCUCGCCAAUAUGAUCUUUGAAGUCCAUCCAUGGACACCUUUCGAGUUCGCCUCAAUUGUCUAGACCACUACCAAGCUGUCCCAAUCGGCCACUUCGAUCCUCCCCUCCCUCAAGAUGUCGCCGCCGCAAACCCAAGAGAUCGCCCACGGAUCUCUGUCAUUCGCGUCUUCGGCGCGACGGAAACAGGUCAAAAGGUCUUGAUGCACAUUCAUGGCGCCCUUCAAUACACAUACAUCGAGUACACUGGGAGCCUGGCCCGACAGGAUGUCGACCUGGCCAUUCGCACCCUGCAACUCUCAAUCGAUCAUGCCUUGGCCGUCAGUUAUCGCAAGAACAUCUACGAGGGAAAACAUCGAUAUGUCGCGCAUAUCUCGCUGGUCAAGGGUGUGCCCUUCUACGGCUACCAUGUCGGCUACAAGUACUACCUCAAAAUCUACUUGCUCAACCCACUGCACAUGACAAGAUUGGCCGACUUGCUGCGUGAGGGCGCAGUCAUGAAGAGAGUGCUACAACCCUACGAAAGUCAUAUGCAAUACCUGGCUCAGUGGAUGUGCGACUACAAUCUAUACGGUUGCGGCUACAUCGAGUGCGACAAAGUCAAGUUCCGUGCACCCAUUCCAAACUACUUCGACAUGACCAACGCCUUCCACCAGUGGCACGACCAUUCGAUCCCGCGGGAGAACGUGUCGGACAGUGUGCUCGCAAAACAAAGCCACUGCGCCUUGGAGGUCGAUGUCCAUGUCGAGAACAUCUUGAAUCGAAGAAACGUCGAAGCCCGGCCGAUCCACCACGACUUCAUCGAACGAUCGAACCCAAUUCCAGCCGACGCGAAGUUGGUACAAAGCAUGGCGGGACUUUGGAAGGAUGAAACCCGACGGAGAAAGCUUAGGAUGGGCCUGAAAGAUCCCAGGAGCAGCCCUUUCCCCGCCGAGGUGUUGAUUUCCAUGUCGGCAGACCCAAGAAAUUCAUCCCCGGGAGGCUGGAUCCACGAAGAGGAAUACCGCGAGAAGCUGGGACACCUGGUCGUAGAAGAACGCGAGAACAGUGAUAAGAGAACUGUGUCCUUUGACACGUUUGUUAAACCUAUGGCCAUGGAAUAUGAUGUACAGACCGCCCUCGAAAGCGUGGAAGACUUGUACCCCGGCAAGCUUAAUCGUUCCAUCACAACUCACAUUAAGCAGGAAAUCCCGGAUCCUGAUGACCACAGUCGUGCCGAUGAGGUGUUUGUUGAUGAAUCACGCGCAGAAGAUGUUGCAGAGGCAAAUGGUUCCACUCCCAGUCUGGAAGCGGUCUCAACAGAAAAUGGACACCUUGAUCUUGGAUCAUCCUCGACUGUUAGUACAUCCAACAACAACGGUGUUCCUCAUGACCAAGUGUCUUCGCCGAUAAGCUCUGCGGAAUAUGAACAAUACGGGAUUCGUCCAGCGGGGGAUACAGCUUUCCUGAGUGAGGAUGUCUUCGACUUUCCAGGGGAACGUCUACCACAGCAGCCUCCACCUUCAAAGAAUCAAAAGCGAGCUAGGUUUGCCGGGGCACCCACAUUUCAACCGAGGAAGAGAAGGAAACAGCUGGUCGACGAAGAGAACCUCUUGCCAGAUAUCAGUUUCUCUGGCUCUGAGGAAGAUCCUGAUUUUGCUAUUAACGCUCUCGAUGAUAGCAAAAGACGGGCGCCAUCUGCAGCUCAGACGCACCUCUCUCUGCAAGGUACAGACAACAUCUUACCGGCAAGCGGUCAGCAAACCUCCAUGUCGAAGGGCUCGUCACAAGAAUCCGCAAACUUGCCGAAUCUCUCGCAACAGUCAACAUUGGACUUUCCAGCUGUCAAGAACCCACAUGAUCCAGACACAAUUCUUCGUGUGAGCCAGAAAAGUAAUAUCUCUCAAAAGUCGCCCCAAUCCAAUUCAGAUGGACAGCACAACUCUGCUGUCAUGCCAACAAAUCCAGCCCAAGAUAUGCCGAUUUCAUCGAAGCAGACGGUCGUCCCUCACACUACAGGCAGAAGCAGCAAAUCAGCUCAACCAUUUAGUCUGGAACCAAGUGGCUUGCGUAGACCGAAUAAGAAUAGUUUUCUCCUGACAUAUCAACCACGCCCACCGAAAUUUGACGAGGUCAAGACGACCAUGUCGCAAGUAGGACUUCCCGACGUCAUCUACCAGGGGGCAUAUUAUAGCGUCGAGGAUGACGUCCCGCAGCAACCAAGACAGUACGCCGGACGAGAAUUCAAACUCGGAGGUGACACUAUACCAUACCUUCCGGACUUUGAUCGGACUGGUACAUCUGCGCCAAAUUUUGGGCGACAACCUCGGAUGCUCCUAGACUUGUCAGCCGAGCAAAUCCGGGAUAAUCAGAGACGGAAACGCUGUAGGAUCCGUGAAUGGGUUAUCGCAGAUGCACCUCCGGGGAAGGCGGAUGUACUGGCAUGGCUGGAGGAAGAACUCCUUGCAAAGUCUGAUGAAACCUUUGCUGUGCGAUCAAGUUCGAAACAACACCUCUCGCAGAUCGAUGGCCCAACUCAAAGGAACCGCCAUGGAUUCAAGUAUUCACAAAAUCAGCCUAGCACGAGCGUUCAACACGAAACACAAUACAUGAGCAUUAUGGCCCUUGAAGUGCACGUCAACACCCGGGGCAUGCUCGCUCCAAAUCCAGACGAAGACGCCAUUGCGUGUAUUUUUUGGUGUGUACAAACCGACGACGAAGAGAUGGAGAGCAGAGGCGGCAGGGAUGGCAUCCACAAGGGUAUCAUAACUGUCGCUGAUGAACCUCAAAAAGCUAAAAAGGUUGGACGCAAUGUAACGUUUGAUGUGGAAGAGGAGGCAACCGAGCUUGACCUGCUGACCAGAUUUGUGGAUAUCGUGCGCUCUUACGACCCAGAUAUUCUGACAGGGUACGAAGUCCACAAUAGUUCUUGGGGCUAUCUGAUUGAAAGAGCGCGGGUCAAAUACGAUCUGAACUAUUGUGAUGAGCUGUCUCGGAUGAAGGCUCAAUCUCACGGCAGAUUUGGCAAAGACGACGACAAAUGGGGUUUCAAUCACACAUCAACCAUUCGUGUGACCGGUCGCCAUACUAUCAACAUCUGGAGAGCCAUGCGUGGUGAGCUGAAUUUGCUUCAGUAUACGAUGGAAAACGUGGUAUAUCAUUUGCUCCAUCAGAGAAUACCACACUACAGUUUCGCGGAUCUCACCAAGUGGUACCGGAGCAAGAACCCCCGUGAUUUGGCCAGAGUCGUAGACUAUUUUUCCAGUCGCGUCGAGAUUGACAUCAAAAUCCUUGAAGCCAACGAACUUGUACCGAGGACGAGCGAACAAGCACGGCUGUUGGGAGUCGACUGGUUUUCUGUCAUCUCUCGGGGUUCUCAAUUCAAAGUCGAAUCUCUCAUGUUUCGUAUUGCGAAGCCAGAGAACUUGAUGUUGGUAUCGCCCGGCAGAAGACAGGUGGGAGGACAGAAUGCUCUGGAAUGUUUGCCGUUGGUCAUGGAGCCUCAGAGCAACUUCUACACCAGCCCAUUGCUGGUGCUGGAUUUCCAAUCCUUGUAUCCGAGCGUGAUGAUUGCGUACAACUACUGUUACUCGACAUUUCUGGGUCGAGUUGUCAGCUGGCGCGGAACAAACAAGAUGGGCUUCACGGAUUAUCACCGUGAGCCGAGGUUGCUGGAGCUUUUGAAAGAUCAUGUCAACAUUGCCCCGAACGGCAUCAUGUACGCCAAACCCGAAAUCCGCAAAUCACUCUUGGCCAAGAUGCUCGGCGAGAUUCUCGAAACCAGAGUCAUGGUCAAGAGCGGGAUGAAGGUCGACAAGGAUGACAAGACUUUGCAACGUCUUUUGAACAAUCGACAGCUCGCACUCAAGCUGAUUGCCAACGUCACUUACGGUUACACGUCUGCGUCUUUCUCGGGUCGGAUGCCUUGCUCAGAAAUCGCGGACAGCAUUGUACAGACUGGCCGAGAGACUUUGGAAAAGGCCAUUGCCUUGAUCCACUCGGUGGAACGAUGGGGUGCCGAGGUGGUCUAUGGCGACACCGACAGCCUUUUCGUGUACCUGAAAGGUCGAACCCGAGAGCAAGCCUUUGACAUUGGCGAGGAGAUUGCCGACACGAUUACGAAGAUGAACCCGCGGCCCAUCAAGCUGAAGUUCGAAAAGGUGUACCAUCCUUGUGUGCUGCUGGCGAAGAAACGAUAUGUCGGGUUCAAAUAUGAAAGCCGAUCUCAGACUGUUCCGGACUUUGACGCCAAGGGAAUCGAGACUGUCCGUCGAGAUGGGACACCGGCCGAACAGAAGAUCGAAGAGACUGCACUUAAGAUGCUUUUCCGCACAUCGGAUUUGAGUCAAGUCAAGAAGUUCUUCCAGGCACAAUGCGCCAAGAUCAUGCGUGGGAGUGUGUCGAUUCAAGAUUUCUGUUUUGCCCGAGAAGUCAAGCUCGGGACGUACAGCGACAAAGGGCCGCCUCCGCCGGGCGCGUUGAUCAGUGCUCGCAAGAUGGUCGAGGAUCCUAGACUUGAACCUCAGUAUGGCGAACGGGUUCCGUACGUGGUUGUGACUGGAGGCCCGGGUGCCCGACUUAUUGACAGGUGCGUGGCUCCUGAGGUGCUGCUCAACGACGUACAUUCGGAGUUGGACGCCGAGUAUUACAUUUCCAGGAACAUCAUCCCGCCACUCGAACGCAUCUUUAAUCUCGUGGGCGCCAACGUCCGACAGUGGUACGACGAGAUGCCCAAGUAUCAACGUAUCAGGAGGGUUGAGGCCGGGGGAGAGUUUGGAGUGACCAACAAAAAGACCACGUUGGAAUCGUACAUGAAGGCUUCGACGUGCUUGGUUUGUCGAUCGACUCUUGACAAUUCCGGCAAAGACAAACAUGGUCCGCUGUGCGGGAAUUGCUUGCGACAAUCUCCGAGGAGUUUACUGGAUAUGCGGUCGAGACUGAUGAGGGCGGAGAGGAACGUGAUGCAAAUGAACAAGGUUUGUCGAUCGUGUUCGGGCGGCAGUGGUGAGGAAGAGGUUCGCUGUGACAGCAAGGACUGUCCCGUGUUUUACUCUCGGACGAGGUACAAGGCUACAUUGGCGAACGAGAGGGCGGUUUUGGUUCCGGUCGUGGAAUCCUUGGAAAGAUCCAGAGCAGCGAUGGACGGGCUGGAGUGGUGAGUGUUGAGUGUGGCAAAGCUUUCACAGACUUUUCCGAAAGGGGCUUCAGGGCUGCAUGGCGAUGUGGGCGUUUGGCAAAGCAUUUUUAGGAUACGGUUGGACGUUUGCAUGACUUGAUGAGGGGACUGACUGCUGUACUGUACCUAGGCGCUGUUGAUCAUAGCAGAGAGUUGUCGUCGGCCACGAGUUCUGGUGGUGCUCCUUACUCUACUGGGAUCUCGUAUUGUACUGUACAGUCAUGAUUAUCAGCCACAUUCCUCGCAUCCCUUAC